AUGGUGGAUCGUAGAUUCAUAGUUUGGUUUCUGCUAUUGCUGUUGUUUCUGUGUUUUGAGGUAACAUUGGAACAGAUUGAGAUUAAGCCAUUGAGUUCACCUACAGAACGUGCAGCACUUCUUCAACUUCGAGCUUCUUUAGGUUUAAGAACCAAAGAAUGGCCAAGAAAACCCGACCCUUGCUUAAUCUGGAUUGGUAUUUCGUGUAACAAUGGACGUGUUGUUGGGAUCAAUAUCUCGGGUUUUAGACGAACAAGAAUUGGUAGAAGAAACCCUCAGUUUUCUGUUGAUGCUUUGGUUAAUUUCACCUUGUUGCAGUCUUUUAAUGCCUCUGGUUUUUACCUACCUGGGGCUAUUCCUGAUUUGUUUGGGGUUAGUCUCGGUUCGCUUCGCGUGCUUGAUCUCCGUUCUUGUUCAAUUGGAAAUGCUAUUCCGAAUUCUGUUGGGAAUUUGACUAGGCUUACUGCUCUUUAUCUUGCUGAUAAUAAUCUUACUGGAAUUGUUCCUGAUAGUUUAGGUCAACUCUUGUCGCUUUCGGCUCUUGAUCUCUCGGGGAAUUCUCUUACGGGGAUUAUACCGGAGUCUUUUGGGUUUCUUGCGAAUCUUUCUUCACUUGAUUUAUCGGGGAAUUUUUUCUCCGGGCCUGUUCCUUCGGGUUUAGGGAAUCUUUCUAGGUUACAGUACUUGAACCUUUCUGGUAAUAGCUUAAAUUCAUUGCCUGCACAAUUGGGAGGUCUUGUUAGCUUGGUUGACCUUGAUCUUAGUGAGAAUUCUUUCUCCGGCGGUGUUUUUCCGGAUUUGAAAGGGUCGGGGAACUUGCGGAUUAUUGUUCUGAGGAAAAAUAAUUUCACUGGUUCUUUGCCUGUUGAGUUGUGGUCAUUGCCGAGACUGACGUUCGUAGAUGUUUCUUCUAAUAGCUUCAGUGGUUUGCUUCCGAAUUCUAGUUCCUCUGUCGAUUCUACUGUUGCGGUUCUAAAUAUAUCGCAUAACAUGUUUUAUGGAGGUCUUACACCUGUGCUUAGAAGGUUCAGUUUUGUUGAUUUUGCAAACAAUUAUUAUGAGGAUAGGGGCCUCAGUUUUGAUAAUUUUGGACAACCGAAUACGACAAAACCUGUAGAAGGUUCUGAGAAAAGUAAUAAAACUAAGAUUAUAUUGGCGGCAGUUUUGGGUGGACUUGGUUUACUUGCACUUUUGGCUUUGCUACUGGUACUGUUGCUUUUGUGCGCUCGUAAAAGGGGCAAUUCAAGUCCAAGGGGAAAUGGUGUGGGCCCUGCUCCUGCUGCAGGCAGUCCUCCGCCUCCCGGUGUAUCGAUAAACCUUGCAAAUGUAGGAGACUCGUUUACGUAUCAUCAGUUGCUUCAGGCAACGGGAGAUUUUAAUGAUGCAAAUCUUAUAAAACAAGGCCACACCGGGGAUAUCUUCAACGGUGUUUUGGAAAAUGGGAUUCCCGUUGUCAUCAAAAGGAUCGACAUGCGAUCUACGAAAAAGGAUGCUUACCUAUCGGAAUUGGACUUUUUUAAUAAGGUUUCUCAUCCGCGAUUUGUUCCCUUAUUAGGUCACUGCUUAGAAAACGAGAACGAGAAGUUCCUGGUUUAUAAACUUAUGCCAAAAGGGGACUUGUCUAAUUGCUUAUUCUUCAAAAACACCACAUCUGAAGAUGGUACUUUGCAGUCAUUGGACUGGAUUACUAGAUUAAAGAUUGCUACUGGAGCCGCAGAGGCCAUAUCGUAUCUGCAUCAUGAUUGUAUUCCACCUAUUGUUCACAGAGAUAUUCAAGCGAGCAGUAUACUUCUCGAUGACAAGUAUGAAGUUCGGUUAGGAAGUCUAAGUGAAGCCUGUACUCAAGAAGGUGAUACCCAUCAAAGUAAAAUCACCCGGUUUCUGCGAUUGCCUCAGUCCUCUGAACAAGGUGCAUCUGGUUUACCAACAUCUGUUUGUGCCUAUGAUGUUUAUUGCUUUGGGAAAGUGUUACUUGAACUUGUGACUGGUAAGCUGGGUAUUAGUGCAUCAAGUGAGGGUGAAUUGAAGGACUGGUUUGAUCAGAUUCUUCCUUGCAUUAGCAUGUAUGACAAGGAGCCCGUGACAAAAAUCGUUGACCCAUAUCUAGUUGUGGACGAGGAUUUCUUAGAAGAAGUGUGGGCAAUAUCCAUUGUUGCCAGGUCUUGCCUAAACCCGAAACCUUCAAGACGACCCCCAAUGAGAUACGUUCUCAAGGCUUUGGAAAACCCUUUAAAAGUUGUAAGAGAAGAAAGUUCGAGUUCUGCGCGGCUUAAAGCAACCUCUUCUAGAGGCUCUUGGAACGCUACUUUGUUUGGUAGUUGGCGUCAGAGCUCGUCUGAUGUAGCCACAAACCCUGCAGCUUCUGGUACAAAAAUAGAAGGAGCAAGUAGUUUGAAGCUUUCAGCAACAAGUAGUUCAUCCUCGCGGAGACGUCAUUCAAAUGAGAUAUGUCCUGAGCCAUCAUUUCGCUUACCUGAUAUAGAGAGGCUGGAGCAUGAAGGAAGAGAGGCUUAA